GAGCUGUCUCUACGUGAAACUCUGACAACACAGUAGGUGUCAGAAAUAAUAGAAAAGUUGGAUUAAAAACGGCAUCUGUCAACCUCACAGUAUGAAACAACCGCCCCAUUCCAACCGGGGACACCGGGAGAGGAACGGAGAGCAGAGGCGGCCCCGGGAAAACAGGCAGUCCACUCCGGACAGCUCUUAUACUGCCCCCCAUAACAGCCCCCCAGAAUCCGAGCCCCCUUCCAGGUAUUCGAGGGACGCUCCCCGGGUGGAGCACCGGGACUCCAAAUGUACCAACAUCUGUUCCCGGAGAGGCAUCGUGCUGAUCUGCUCCGUCCUAACCAACGCCCUCGUCCUGAUCUGCGUGGUCGCGGCCCAGAUGGUGAUGUCAGGCUUGUCGUCGAUGGGCGGCAUGGGCGGCAUCAGCAUCGACAGCAGCUUCAACUUACAGGGCACCGAGCUGCAGGAGGUGCGACGACUGGACAUGGAGUACAGCCAGAUGAGGGCGCCCGGUAUCUACGGCGGCAUCGCCUUCAGCCUGACCUUCGGGGUCGUCUCACUGGUGUUUGUGGUCGCCGGGAACAAACCCGCCUACUACAUGAAUCAGAAGCUGCUGGUGGGGGCGUUGGCUUUCCAGGCAGUGGGUGCCGUGGGCUACGUGGUCGCUGUGGGCCUCUACCUGCACUUUGUCAUCCAGGUCAACUCCACGGAGACGUGCAAGCGGCGAGAGAUUAUAUACUCGCGGAACGGCUACACCUGGAUGAACUGCAACGUGAGCGGGGGUGACGCAGCCGUGGCGCUGUUCGGGCUGAUCACCGCCAUCCUGUACACCGCCGGGACCGUGCUCACGGUCCAGACAAUCAGGGGAGUGAAGCGCUACCAACGGGAGAAGAAGAGGCGACAUGCGGAGAAACAGGAGGGCCAGGGGAACCACCGCAGGGCCCCGCUGAGGGCAGACACAACGUCGGUGUGAGGCUGAAGGUGUUCAACCAGCUGGGUUCAGAUCGGAGCCAAUCCGGAGAGGAGGACCAGUUUAUAACGAGAGCUUAAACUGAUCACCAAAAAUGACUCCCGACAUGGAUGUGUUCACAGUAAGAUGACAUAGUUCAUCAUCCGGCAGAAACCGAUGAGUCACACAUUACUGACAUUCAACCCAACACUGAUCAUAGUUGCAGUCGACUCCUUUUUCUGAUCAAGAAAUCCAGUCGUUCAGGACAAGUGUCUAAUUUUAAGAUUAUUAACACCAUCAGAGUUUUCAGCUUAUUUGACUUCAUAGAAUCAGCUGCAGAAUGACUUCCUGUUUUUUCUACCAAUCACAGUAAAGGAAGUAUGGAUGUAAUGUAAACUCUCAGAGCCAUGUGAUUUACAACAAAUACAAAGAACAAGCAGGAAUCAGUCGUGAAGCAAAAUGGGACAUUUACUUAAACUGCUUGUUUUUCACCUGUUGCCACUUUUAACUUUCAGAUUCUUUAUUAAACUCAGGAAAUAAUGUAGAUAAGUUUUUAUAUUCUGUAAAUACCUCUAGUAAUUGUAAAUCAUGUUUCUUAUUUUGUUUCUCAGUGCUUGAAAUUCUUGCAGUUGUGGUGUUUGACAUUUUUUUUAUCACUUUAACCAGAUAAUGAGCUUAAGGAUCACUGGACUUGUUUUUAAUGUGAUGGCAGUUAUACAAUUUGUUUUUACAUCACAGAUUUAUUCUUUUGUGUUUCUGUAAACUAAAACCAUCAGGUGACAUUAAAAUUGACUUGAUUUAAAG